AUGAAACAAAGAUUAUCACGGUUGUCAACAGAUGCUGUUGAACUAGCCAAAAAGAGGUUACACACUGUGUUUUGCACAGUAAGUUUUUUUGUUAUAGUUCUUAUCCCUAUCCCAGAGUACUAGUCCAGAGCCCUAGUCCUGAGUCCUAGUCCUGAGCCUUAGCCCAGAGCCCUAGCUCAGAGCCCUAAACAUAGCAUGCGGUUAGCUUUAGUCUUAGUUAGCCUUAGUCUUAGCCUUAGUUUUAGACUUAGCCCUAACCUAACUAACGCUAACCUCACAGCAUCGUUAUGUUUAAUGUUGCUAUAUACUUAUAUUUUAACCAAAACCUAAUUUCAGAAGCCAAAGAUCGCGAUAGAAUCAGAACCCUCAACGAGCGAAGUAUCAUCUCUCUCUUCUGAUAUCGAUAACACAUCACCUUACUUUGUCAAAGACUACAGUAAGCCCUUACAUCACACGAAACAGUGUAAACUGAACAAGGAACAACUCGUAAUGGAGAAGGUGCCAAGUAAAAUAACGACUGAAUUCUGGGUGGUAACGUUUUAUGGUCGAUGUAUAUUCAUACGGCUUGAGACAUCGGUUUAUGAUCUGCAUACGAUGUUGGUGGGUACGUAG